AAAUGGCAGACAAUUUUUCACUUAAUGAUGCUUUAUCUGGGUCUGGAAACCCAAACCCUCAAGGAUGGCCUGGUCAAUGUGGAAACCAGCCUGCUGGUGCAGGGGGCUACCCAGGGGCCUCCUAUCCUGGUGCCUACCCUGGACAGGCACCUCCAGGAGCCUACCCUGGCCCAACAGCUCCAGCUUAUCCUGGACCACCUGCACCAGGAGCCCACCCUGGGCAACGGAGUGGGCCUGGGGCCUACCCGCCUCCUAGACAGCCAAGUGCUCCUGGAGCCCAGCCCGCUGCUGGCGCCUUUGGCAUCCGUGCUGGACCACUGACUGUACCUUAUGACCUGCCCUUGCCUGGAGGAGUCAUGCCUCGAAUGCUGAUAACAAUUCUGGGCACAACGAAGCCCAAUGCAAACAGAUUUGCUUUAGAUCUCAAGAGAGGGAAUGAUGUUGCUUUCCACUUUAACCCACGCUUCAGGGAGGACAACAAGAGAGUCAUUGUUUGCAAUACAAAGCUGGAUAACAUCUGGGGAAAGGAAGAAAGACAGGCGACUUUCCCAUGCAAAAGUGGUAAACCAUUCAAAAUACAAGUGCUGGUUGAAUCUGACCACUUCAAGGUUGUGGUCAAUGAUGCUCACUUGUUGCAGUAUAAUCAUUGGAUGAAAAAUCUCCAGGAAAUCAGCAAACUGGGAAUUUCUGGUGACCUAGAUCUCACCAGUGCUUCACAUGUUAUGAUAUAAUCUUAAAGGGGAAGAUAAAAAAAAAAUGAAAUUG